AUGACGGAAAUUCAUUUUGGCCAACACCUUCCCGGAAAUUUAGAUUAUGAAGUGUCAUUUGGUAUCCCAACAUGGGAGUUUGCUAUAGGAUACGUGGAGAAAAAUCCUUAUUUUGUCAAUAAAAUGUCAACUAGGUAUUCAAGGUCUUUUCCUUAGCCUGCCAUACAGAAGCUUUGUAACCACUUUUUGAAAAAGUUUGGCCGGACGUACGAGAGCUAUCGCCCUUUCCCAUCCUCGCAAUGCACUUCAAGAUGCUUGGAAUAUGUGAAGUCGGUUAUUGGCUCCAAAAGCGGGGCCCACCUCGAGGUGGAAACGUUAUACCCGGCUGAUACUGGCACCUGCUACUCACCGUUAUAAUAGCGGCCAAUUUCGCUCCUGAUGAAAUUGACAUCGUAAAAGAAUAUUGGAAACUGACCGCCUAAUGCGUAUCUAGUCGACUAGCGGCUUUUCUCAACUGCUUAGAAGAUGUGGGGCGAAACCCCAGUUCAUAUGUUUUAAGGCAAGAGGUCAUCGCUCUCCUGAAGGAGGAUGGAGAACAAGCAAGUCGUCAAGUCAAAAAAAAAAAAGAGGAUAGCCACUAACCACAAUCUACCUUGGGCAACGGAGGUCCCGGGGUCAAGACUAAACUCAAUCCUUUGAGAGACGUCUUUCUUGUAUGAAGUGUUAUGUCUUCAAUACCGGCAAACUGCCUAAAUUUUGGGAAUUUUUUAGCGAAGAAAAGACCACCGAACCUCUUUGCGCUACAGUGGCCGUUUUUGGGCUUCUCUUUUAGAGAUACGAAAAUGACAACGAAGAAAUUCGGAAAAUGCCAACUUUUUGCGUUUGGCAACUCCAGAGAUGUGAUUAAGUUGUAACAAUUCCGAAAGAUGGAAAAUCGCCUUGAAAUCCCAUGCUGAACGUACUAGAUCUGUAGGAACUGAGGAAUCUUGCAGAUGGGCAUGGGUUUUUUCUUAUUAUAGACGAAACAAGCGGGGGACUGAACACUAAUGUUUCACCUCGUGCUGAUGUUGUAUGCACGUCGCUGACAAAGCUCUUCAGCGGCUUCAGCAAUGCCAUGAGAGGCUCAACACUACUUAACCUCAGUCCCGGUUGUAUGCAUGUGCUCGUACUUAUUUCGUGAGCAGCGGGUUCAAAGAACUUCUCUGGCUUCAGGGCGCAAUUGUGCUCAAAAAGAACUCUAGAGAUUUUGCACAAAGGACAGAGACAAACGGCAAGAGGGAGAGCUCCUCAAGAAAAUAUUUUAUCCACCGGUAAGAUCUGAAGAAACAUUGCAAAAUUACGAUGCUGCAGGCAAGAGAUCGGCAAUGGACGUUUAUUAUCCAUGAUCAUUCACAAGAAAGAAGACGCCAAGACUUUAUACGAUAAGUCAAAGGUAUUUAAAGGGUCUUCUAACGGCACAAACUUUACUUUGGCAUGCCCUUAUGCUCAUUUGGCAAAUAACUUUGAAUUUGGAGAUGUGCUUCAGUUUGGGGCCCAUCCGAACUUCGUAAGAGUGAAGGUUGGACUAAAAGAGUUUCAGUCCUUGCUAAAAGUUUUUACAGCCGCCAUUGCAAUGGCCGGGCAUAAGAAGUAG